GUUGAGUCAGUGAUGGGGGAAACAGAACUUAACAUUAUCAAGGCUGUGAUCUGUGGAAUAUAGCCCAAUAGGGAGUAGUGCAGUAUAAUCAUAAUAUAGAUACAGAAUGGAAUAUCACUGUGUAAUAUUUUAAAUAUCACACCAAUACACUUGGAUAUUGAUAACCAUCAAGAAAAUUCAAUUUGUAGGAUGAAGUUACAUGAAUUAGAUCAUAAAAUCACCAAAAUUUAGCAUCCCAGUUAAACAUACCACGGAUUAUUAGGAUUAGGCUGUUAUCAUGUUAUAGCCAGGUUUUGUAUAAUGUUACCUUACACUUGUGAAUAUAGACAAGUUAUCUGAUCCUGUGCCAAGUUAGGCUACUAUAGUGUAAUACCUGGAUGUACUGAGUCUAUACAUGCUGCAUACACAGUGAGCCUUAUCAUUUAAUUAGACCUACAAUUUGGAGUCCCUCUAAGCAAUGUAAAGCUCAUAGUAGAGUGUUCUACAAUAUGUAUGGAGUCGUGGAAAAUCGGCAAGCUUUGAUAGCUGAUAGUAGGAAACGUUCAGGAAGUAAUGCCGGCGAUUUAGAUGACGAAAAAAAUCAGGCACUAAAUUCUUUAAGACAGAACUAUGAGAACUCCGAUGAUGAGGGGCUCAAUAUGUUACACCCUCAAGAGGCUUAUUCCGUGAAUAUACGUGAUCUGAAAAGUCGUUUUCAAACUGGUGGCAGUGGUGGUGGAGAUACCAGGUACCUGUCCAAUCAGCCUACAGGUAGAGCCACUAAGCCUUUACAACCAGUGCAGAAUACACGCACAGAUAUCAAUACCAAUAUGAAUGUCAACUCGAGGAAUUCACCGGAGACCAAACGUAAACGAGUUCCAGAUAAUGAACGUGGUAGGCAAGCUAAAAGGGAUAACAAUACUGUUAAUAAUUCUGAUGACUUUAAGGAAACUUCUCACGUUCAAAGGUUUAAUCGUACACGUGCAUUAUUUCACAUGAUGGAACAGGAGAAUAAAUCUAAACCUGUUAAGAACUAUACAAUUAGCUCAGGUAGAUCAGCCUCCCAUUCUCCAUCCCCGGCUACAACCCCAGUCAGGUCCCCCACACCCCCUGUUACCCCACCCCCAAGGGCUGUCUCCCCAUCCCCUAAGGAGAAGUCACGCUCGCGAUCAGCAUCUGACGAAACAGACCCCCUUAUUACAAACAAUCUAGGUCGCACAUCUUCAACUGGUGCUAUAAACGAGGACAUAUCUAGCUACAAACCAAAGGCAUUUGCAGACCCAACUAGUUACUUAUCAGGAGGUUAUCGUAGUAAAUCUGAAUGGGACUUGCCUAAACAACAAUCAGAAAACGAAUUAGAAAACGACGUAGUCAUGUUGCCAAUGAAAAACCGUCGUGCAUUAUUUGAGCAAAAAGCUGUAGGGAAUUAUUCCACUAAUAAAACACCUGCAAAAACAUUUACAAAACCACCAAAUAGGUUUAUUAAAGAUGCAAAAGAAGAGGAACAAACACGUCACAAGGCCGCUGCGGAGCCAGAAAGUACACGUCCACGAUCUGGCUCUGAUACACGGCCUCGUUAUGGCUCGGACCCUGAAAGAUUCCGUCGACGUACAGAUUCGACAAAUUCCUCAGGGCCAGAAUCCCCCCGCCCAGAUAUAAAACCUGUCAUGUCAGAUGUUAUAUUCAAGCCAAAAACUGAAACAGAGACUAAAACUAAAAAAGUUGAGAAAACUUUUCAGAAACCUGUAGAAAACAAUGCAAGGCCGUUGUUAAGGCGACGGAAGGAAAAACAUGAAGAAGAAGAACGUCAGGAAAAUGAACGAAGGAAAAGCCGGGAAGAGAUUGCUGAAAAUGAACGGCGGAAAAGUCGAGAAGAAUUUGCUGAAAAUGAACGACGGAAAAGCAGGGAAGAAAGUGCUGAGCAAGCAGCAAUCACAAAUGGUCAUGUGACCACAAAAGAGCCAGCAUUGGCAUCUCGAGAGAAGCGCCUCAGUAAGGAAGACAUCCAAAGCUCAAUUAACAAAGCGGAUGACUACUGGAAAAGCAACUAUGGUGAAGAUCCAGAAGAUAUUGACAUAGUGGCUCUACUGGCCAAGCGUCGAGCUGAGCGUCAAACUAGUGCAGUAAGUCAGUCGACAACUGAAUCAGUGAGCUCAGAUGAUGAAGGAGGACUUGGAUCCUAUAGUUUCAAUGAUGAACUAACCCCAGAAACUCCAGUCAAAUCUACCAGGCCAACAAGACUGGGCAGCCUGGGAGAUAGCAAACCAGAUACAAUAGACUCAGGGCUUGGGUCAUAUAGGAACAGUUCUAGUAGUGCUGACAUGCUAAACCAAGAGACAGAUGAUCCUUUAUCACCUAUGCUUUCUCCAACUGUGGAAAGCAAGGCGAGCAUAUCAUUAAAGAUGUCCAAGUCAGAGCCUGAGCCUCCAACUAGUCCCACAAUUAGACAGACAUUCAAGAUACCUAGCCCAGAGCCUGCAGAGACAGGGGAGUUGCCUAGCGUUGGUUUAAGCCCAGUUGUAGAACAAAUCACCCCUAGUACACCAGAGGACCCACCUUCCUAUAACAGCUUUCGAACAAGUGUGGAUAACAAAGUGGAUGAACAAGUGGCCAGCUACAGGGAGUACCUUGCACAACAGCACCCUGAAGUUAGAGAUUUCCUCAACGAAAAGGAUGAUGAUAGCCCCUUCAUCAAUCAGCAACUUGAAGAUGAUUUUGAGGACACAGCAGUGAACAACCAAGUCCAGGAGACUGAAGAUGGAAACAUUAUAUGGGAGGUGGAAGGUAUCCCUGAAGUUGACCCAGAUGCCGAGUUCUUCCCCACAGCACAUAAAGCAACUCGCAUCAAAUUCUCACAUGAUCCUAUUAAGGUGACCACCACCCAUUCUCCAGAUGAAUAUGAUAGGCGUAAUGAGGACAUUGACCCUGUGGCUGCCUCAGCAGAAUAUGAACUGGAGAAACGUAUUGAACGUAUGGAUGUCUUCCCCGUUGACCUCAGGAAAGGUGGCGAAGGCCUUGGUCUCAGUAUCAUAGGGAUGGGUGUUGGAGCAGAAGCCGGAUUGGAGAAACUUGGUAUUUUCAUCAAGACACUCACACCAGGUGGCGCUGCUGAAAGGGAUGGAAGGAUCCAGGUGAAUGACCAGAUAAUAGAGGUUGAUGGGAAGAGCCUGGUGGGUGUGACACAAGCCUACGCAGCAUCUGUACUUCGUAACACAAGCGGCACAGUCAAGUUCAUGAUUGGUCGAGACAAGAACCCGGAACAGAGUGAAGUGGCGAGACUCAUUAGCCAAUCACUGGCCCAGGAUAAACAGAGAGAGACUGUGAAACAACAGAGACAGGAGCAGCUGCGAAAACUACAGGAGCAGGCUGAGCGGGAAAAGGAUGAGUUGGCCGAGUUGUCCAGGAAAAACCAAGAAGCUGUUCGCUUACAAGAAGUACAGGAGGCUGCUAUGGCCCAGAAUCCUGGGGGUCCCUCUACAGAGGAGAUGAUUCUCCUUGAGAACUCGGAAGCGCAGAAACGCCACUAUGAGAAACGUUGCGAGGAAAUGGCUAAGAGGCUCCGGGAAACUGACGAAAAACUAACUCAGGCACAGAAAGAAAUAGCUGGAUAUCAGGAUCUGCUGGAGGGCUCUCAGGGAGAAUACAUUGAGCUAGAACGCAAACUGAAGUCAGACUAUGGCACUGUGGAGAGGAAGUACACAAAAGCAAAGAAAAUAAUCAAAGAAUACCAGAAACGGGAGAAAGAACUGAGUGAAGCAACUUUACAGCAAACAGAGACAGGUCAACAGUAUGAGACAGUUGUUGACUCCUUGAAAGAUAGGAUCCAACAGCUGGAGAAGGACUUAGCAGAGGCACAGAGGGCAGCUGGCCUGCCUAUCCUCAUCCCCACAGACCAAACCCCCAAGACACUGCCCCACAUCAAACCUAUCGCUCCAAUUGCCUUGGCAUCAUCACUACCUCCAGCAGACAUAUCAGAUGUCUCCUCAGAUGAUGAGGAUGUCUCCACACCAGAGAAUCCACGUUGUAUACUGAAGACCAGUUCAAACUUCGUAAAGCAGCCUCAGAAAAAGCGGAAAAAGAUCGAAGCACCCAAGAAAUCUGUCUCAAAACCCUUGGGUAAAAUUCACGACCCUGUACCAAAACCUGGGUUUAAGGAUAAGGCUGCUAAAAAAGGUCUUAGUAUUAAAGUCGAUGAUGAAUCUUCAAAGACUACUAGUGGUAGACCCCUCACUAAACUAGAGGAACUCAAACGUGAAAUUGGAUUAGAAAAUCCACCAAGCACUCCACCAUCUGCAAAAGAGACCAAGGACACUAUGUCUGCAAUAAGAGCAGCUUUCAAAGAAAUUGAAGAACUUGAAAAGGGUGACAGAAGCAAAGGAAAAAGAACAAGUAAUGUCUUGGAUAAGUUUGGAGGUGAACCAGAGGUUAAGAAAGAGAAGAAGAAAUUGAAUUUUGAAGACUUGUGUAAACAAUUUCCACUUGAUCAAUCCAGGAGAAGCGUAAGUCCUGAGCCAAAAUUUAUAUCAGAUGAGAGAAAAGCCUGGAUGAAAAACAAGACACCUAUCAAAGAUAAAAACCUUGAUAAAUCUAUAUCUUGUGAAAAUAUUAAAGAUGUAGUGACUAAAAUGGAUAAUAAGAAACCGAAUGAACCCGCAGGGAAAAAACCUGCAUGGAUAGAAGACAAAACACAAACCAAAGCUUUAUCUUCUGAAAAUAUUAAAGAAGCUGUAAAUAAAACAGACAAUGUAAAACCAGAUACCUCGCCAGAGAGGAAGGCAGAUACUCCUCCAAGAAAACAGAAAGCUUAUGGCAGAACCUCCAGCCUUAUUGACACAUCAACUGCAAAGAAAGGAUUUGGUAGAUCAACAAGUCUGAUAGAAAAUAGUGAAAAUGACCUGUAUGAUCCUGAGUCCCCUUCCAGGAAGAAAAGAAAUAGUUUAUUUGAUUCUGUAUUUGGUAGAUUCCAAAAAGAUAAGUCAGUCGAGAAAGACAGCAUUAAAACUCCUUUGAAAGAUAGACAAUCUCUUAAAGAUGAAUCCCAAGAAUUGAUAGAUAAAAAAUCUCAGAAGGAGCAACCAAAAGCAGAUGAAUUAACUGAAAAUAAAGUUUCCAAAGUAGCUGAACCAAAAUCUCCAAAGUCACCAACAAGUGCAAAACUUGGGUGGCUGACUGACAGAUUUAAACCUAAAAAUGAAGUUGCUCCUGCCCCUUUGGUAGAUAAAUAUAAGGAUCCCAAAUCAGAGAAAGAUGUUAGCAAAUCUCCAGAAAUGGUGAAGAAAAAUAUGGACUGGACUGGGAAGAACAAUAAAAAAACAGAAGAACCCAUUGAAGUUUCAGAUGUAUCAAAGAAGAACAUAGAAGGACCACCAACUAAAAAGCUUGGAAAUAUAACUGAUAAAUUUGAUAAACAAUCAACUGACAAUGAGCAAAACAUAAAGAAAUCAGAUACAGAUAAAAGAAUGGAUUUAAAAGAAGUUACUGGUACAAAAGACGUUAGUAAACCACCACCUAAAAAACUUAGUGGUUUAAUGGACAGGUUUCAGUCAGAUGAGAAAAAGAUUAAAGAUUCAGUAAAAGACAAAAAGAGAUCUUGGGGAAGUAAAUCUGAGCAAAGUGAAAAGAAACAACCAGAAGCUCCAAUGACCAGUAUUGACAAAACUAAACAAGUAAAAGUAGAUGACAAAAAGCAACCUGAUAAAGAUGGUAUCAUUGAGGUUGUGGACAAAAGGCCAGCUUGGAUGAGAAAUCUUGACAGAAGGGAGCCUAAGCAACUUCCAUAUGCAAGUCCAGCCCCUAAGAGAAAAGCAGAAUCUAUGACUGCUAUGAAAUCAAAAGAAGAUGAAGUGAUGAAGGAGAAAGAUAAACAAUUGGGAGAAAGCAUUGAGAAUUUAUCAAAAGAAUUGGAAGAUAUAAAGAAAGAGAAACCAAAAUUAGGAGGACUUAUGAAUCGAUUUGAAAUUGAUACUUCAAAAUCCAAAAGUGAAAAACUGAAUAAGAAAGCAGAACCAAAUAAAAAGUUUGGAGGAAUUGCUGAAAAGUUUAACAAAUCUCAGCCCAAAGAUGAUUUGAGGGUGUCAGCUGAAUCCCUUGAUAAGAUCAAGGAUAAAGUCAUUCCAAAGAAAGAAGAUGAUGCUAAGAAGUUAGGAGAAAUCAGCUCUAAGUUUGACAAAUCAGUAGGAAAAAAUGAAAGUAAAGAAGAGCUUAAACCAAAGAAAUUUGGAGGAUUAGCUAGCAGGUUUGAAAGUCCAGCCACUGACAAAACAGACAAUGUGAAAACAAGUAAAAAGAAAGAUGACUUUAUACAAAAGAAGUUUGGAGGUUUGGCUAGUAAGUUUGAAACUCCAGCCCCUGAAAAAAUAGACAAUAUAAAAGCAGAAAGUGACA